CGUGAUUUACUAUUAAUAAAGUUGUUUAAAUAUUCCAUUAGACCAUUUAAUGUCGACUGUGUGUGCAAUCAGAUACCAAGGACAUAUCCUUGCAAAAGAAUUGGCUGCCAGAGGCUUACAGACCACAGUAAUUUCUGAUUCUGCCGUUUUUGCAUUGAUUUCCCGAGUGAACAUGGUCAUAGUUGGAGCUCAUGCUGUCAUGGCUAAUGGUGGAGUUAUUGCCCCAGUUGGGUUAAAUAUGGUUGCACUUGCAGCUCAAAGGCAUGCUGUUCCAUUUGUUGUACUUGCUGGGAGUCACAAGGUCAGUUCUUAACAUGUAAUAACUUUGUGCCCUCACAUCUGGCAUGUUCUUAGGAAACAGGAAUGCUUUUGACUUCUGAUGUUUCUAUAAUUUACUUCCUUUCCUGUUCUGUUUAACUUGGAAAGAGGAUGACAGGUUAUUGUGAAAUUCUUGGGUGAGGCAGAGAAUACGAAUUAUUUUUUGCACAUAUGGACUCGAGAAUUAGUUGUUGAUAGCAAUCAGUACAAAGUAGAAGAGAUAAAAGAAAUUCGUGUAUUUUUGCUCACUCUGUCCAAACAUUAUAGAGGGGAAGAACCACUCACUAAUCGUGAUACAAUGACCAAAGUCCCAAAUUCCACCUUUUGUCCUCCCUCCAACACGUGCUCACCUCCCCUCUAUAUUCUCCCCUUCUCUCUCUUCAAAACAAAAAAAUAUUCCUCACCUGAUCCCACCUCCAGCUCACCUGCCACUCAGCAAUUCUGCUAAGAUCCCAAUCAUUGGGUGUGUGCUGGUGGACCCCACAAGAUAGGUUUCCACUUCUUCCGUUCACACACCUUACUGAACUCCCACUUUGCCCUUUUUCCUUUAAACUUAUACUUGUAUCAGUUGUUAAUGGAUUGGAUAAUACAUACAGCCUAUACAUUUAUAAAUUGGAAUAUCAUA